CAUUCCCCACCCUGUACCAAAAACAAUACUAAAAAAAACUCACCACCAAGUCUGAUCAUUUCAAAUAUCAUUUCUUUUUUGCUUCAAAGUUGUUAAAACCUUUACAUAUAUAUACAUACUUACAUAUGCAUUCUCCCCUCCAAUUCCAGCAGGCUGGUUCUUCUUCUUCCUUGUUCUUGUUGCCUGGAUUUGUAAACACUGCAAUGGGUACUGGUGCAGAUCAGGAAAUUUGUCAAGAAAAAGCCUUGGAGAAACACAAUGACAGCAUGGCCCUUGCAAAACAAUGGGUGAUUAUGGAAGGUGACAGUACUGAGUUAUGUGAUUCUGAUUCCAUUGAUCAGUCUUCUUUUGAAGGUUCAAAUGAUUCUGGUGCAUCAUCUUCUUCAUCAGAUAUGAUGGAGGAUGCAACCUCUUCAACAUCAUCUUCAUCUUCAUCCACUUCUUGUGAUGGUCCUUUGUAUGAAUUAUCUGAGCUCAUGGCCCAACUCCCCAUCAAGAGGGGUCUUUCCAAGUUUUAUCAAGGAAAGUCUCAGACUUUUGCAUCUUUGGAAAGUGUGAAGAGCCUUGAAGAUCUUGCAAAGAGAGGGAAACCAAAAAGGAGGAGAAUGAUGGAGUCAAGUAAAAGCUACGGAGGUGGGUUAGACAAACAGAUCAUAUACAGUCCUAAGGCUGCUAUACUAAAGAAGAGCUCAAGGGUAUCUCUUGUAUCUUCAAUAGGAAGGAAAGGUACCUUGUACUUGAGUAGUUUUGGGACUUCCAUUCCUGUACAGAAGAGCUUCUAAAAAAGGCUUGGAAAUCGCAAGGGUUCUGUUGCAAUUCAUGUUUCUUUAUGAUGAUGGAGACUUUCGCCGCUCAGCUCCGUAGUCGGACCCAUUUAGGCCUCUCUUAUUUGCUUCCACGCAUCGUAAUUUAUCUUUUCAAUGAUAAUGGAAACCUCCAUUGUUUUUUCAAGUA